AUGGUGCAGCUAACACCAGAAGAAGAGUUAGAAAAACAAUAUCGAGACUAUAAAGCACAAUUUGAGCAAUGGAAAGAAAAGAAUAAGAAUUCGGUGGGUACAGAAGCUUACGAUGCAUAUGUCAAGCAAUUUGAGGCUUGGGAACGAGAUGUUGAUCAGCGACGUGAAAUGAUACGUGCUAAAGCGGAAAUCGAUGCCCAAGAAGCACAAGCUGCUGCACAAGCUAAAGCGAAGGCAGCAGCAGAAGCAAAACUGAAGAAAGAGCAAGAAGCCGAGGAGGAACGAAAGAAGCAGCAACUAGAAGCUGAAACUGCUGCACAAGCAGUGGCUUAUGCACAACAUCAACAAUCAUAUCUUGCACAUCAUCAGUCAGCAAUGCAGCUCGAACAGCAAAUGCAUCAGGCUGCUGUAGCAAGUUCCCAAGAAGCUGUAUCGAUACAUACAACAGAAUCCAAAAGUGUUGAUGAAGCCUUAGAUCCGACACACGUCGCCGAGAUGAUGAAACAGAUGGCACAAGUCGCGCAAAUAGUUAUGGGAGACCAACGAGAUAAUGCAUAUCAGCAAGCAGCUCAACAGGCAACUGUAUUAGCACAACAAGUAGUACCACCUCCACAGUUAUGGGGUAGUGAUCGAAUAGUCUAUGAUACGAAUGAUCCCAUGUACAAAAGAUGGGGACUACGAGCAGCUCCACCUUACCACAAGCCAACUUACAAACCACCGCCCUCGGAUUAUCAAGUAACACCAUGUUGGUUGUAUGUAGAGCAGAUGAAAGAAGAGAAGCUCAUGCUUGCGCCUCAAGUCAAUAUGCCGCCUCCACCAUUUGUACCUAAUUUCGUCUUGUCAUAG